CAGCUCGGUUCUUUCUUUUUUUGCGGAAGGGAAAAGUCGUGCGUGUUCUUUCAAAAUGCCUGAGCCGGCCAAGUCUGCUCCUGCGCCUAAAAAGGGCUCAAAGAAAGCAGUGACCAAAACCCAGAAGAAAGGGGACAAGAAGCGCCGCAAGAGCAGGAAGGAGAGUUACUCCAUCUACGUGUACAAGGUCCUGAAGCAGGUUCAUCCCGAUACUGGCAUUUCCUCCAAAGCGAUGAGUAUCAUGAACUCUUUCGUGAAUGACAUCUUCGAGCGCAUUGCUGGGGAGGCGUCUCGCCUGGCUCACUACAACAAGCGCUCCACCAUCACUUCUCGGGAGAUCCAGACGGCCGUGCGCCUCUUGCUGCCUGGGGAGUUGGCCAAACACGCAGUGUCAGAGGGCACCAAGGCUGUCACCAAGUACACCAGCUCCAAGUAAGCGGGCCGCGCUGCGGAGUAAGGCAACCAAGAACCCAAAGGCUCUUUUAAGAGCCACCCACUUCCUCCCAAAAGAGCUCGAGUCACGCUGUCUAUGCUACAAUGUUUACUGUGCACAGAGAUCCUCCCCUCUCCUUCAAUAAAGGAGGUGUGUCUUACCCUA